AUGGACUAUGACUUUACCGUCAAGUUGACAGCAAUCGACAUCAAGGGGAUAUUCUGCUACAAAUUGUUGGAGCUGAUCCAAGUGGGACCACAGGCUCAGUUCAUCCUGCCGAACAGAUUGACUGGCAGCAAAACUUCAUUGUACAUCGCCACCCGAUGGGAAGACAACUUCGUCCCCCUUUCCGGCAACAUAGAAGAAGCCGUUGGUGCCGAUGUUCUGGUGCAAAUUCUCCUACUCGCCAAGUUCCUUUUCAUCAACGAUCUGCAUUCUGACAAUUGUGGUUACUGGAAGGACACGAAGGAGGUGGCAAUUGUUGACUUCAUGCCCAAAGCCUUUUUUACAUUCGUAAAUGUAAAACGAGCCUUCCUGAACAACGACUCGUCUGUCUACUGGAACAGCGGCCACAUUGACGCAUUGGAAGAAUGCGAUGAAGAAACUCGUAUGAAGGUGGCCAGAAAAUCCCUGACAAAGUGGGAUUUGCUUUCGAACAUUGACCUCGCCUAUGAACAAAUUACGCCAGAGAAGGAUCGAAUGAAACAGCACGAAAUUGGCUGUAAAGGAUGUUACAGUCCUACAGAAGAACUUGAACAAUACAUUAACACGGUCAAGCAUAACAUCAUCAAACUCAGUGAAUUGUUCAAGGCUAGCGAA